CUCAGAGCGCAUGCGCGCCCGCCGGGAUGGCGGGUGAGGAUUGGAGGGUUGGCGGCGCGGGCGGAGAGCUCCGGGCCUGGCUUUGGGCGGGAAUUCAAACCGCCGCUGUUGCGGACGAGAGCCUGGGAGCUGCAGGUUUCCAGCUUCAGAGGGGACCAUGGUGCGGCCUGCGAGGCAUAAGAAGCCAGUCGAUUACUCACAGUUUGAGGACUCUGACAGUGAUGAUGAUUUUGUUCCUGCAACCACACCGUUAAAUAAGAAAUCCAAAAUGACACAAAAGGAGUUAAAAUUAGAAAAACCAGAACCUAAACUGAAGAAUCUCCAGAAAAAAGACAUCCCACUGCAGGAGAAAACCCCCCAAAAAAGGAUGGCUUUAGAUGACAAGCUGUACCAGAGGGACUUAGAGGUUGCCCUCGCUUUGUCCGUGAAGGAACUUCCGACUGGCACCACUGAUGUGGAGGAGUCUCGAGAUAAAAGCACUGAUAGAUGUGGCAACGAGGCAGAAACAGUGACCAAGUCCCCUCAUCUCUCCAACUGCAGUGUAGCUAGUGAUUAUCUAGAUCUGGAUAAGAUUACCGAGGAGGAGGAUGCUCGAGGUGUUCGAGGGAGAAGAAGGGCAGCAUCUCGAGCAGUGGUCCAGCAGAGGAGCAUUCUGUCAGAGGGCAGUGAUGGCAGUGGUGCCGAUGACUCCGAACCAGACUUUGCAACUGGUGAAGAGUCUGAGGAUGAUUCUGAUUUUAGUGAGAGUGGAGAUGAUGAGGCCUUCACAAUGAGAAAGAGUAAAGGUAAAGGAAUGAAAAGGAAAGAAGCGAAGGUGAAAUCUCCAGUUGAAAAGAAAGAGAAGAAACUGAAAUCCGCACAUGAUGCUAUGGCAACCUCAGUAGGCUCUGCCCCAGCUGCCGUCAAGUCAGAAUCUCGGCCUUCACCAAAAAAGGUUUCUCCUUCAGAGGCCGCUAGGAAGCCGUUACAAACACGCAGUCCUUCAGCUGAAAGCAGGAGACCCAAGUGGGUCCCACCAGCCGUAUCCGGAAGCAGCAGUGGUGGCCGCAGCCCACUGACAGGCGUGUCUGUGAAGUCCCCAAAUCAGAGUCUUCGCCUUGGCUUGUCCAGAUUAGCGCGAGUUAAACCUUUGCAUCCCAGUGCUGCUAGUAGCUGAGCGAAGUAGCAAGCGAAUGGCUGAUUAAGAGGCUCAAUUUUAUAAGUGUGUUUAUAUUUGUGUUAUAUUUGAGGAGGGUAUUGUAAUAUAAAGGAAUCCUUCAAUGUCAUAUAAAUUAUCUCUAUGCCUUUGUGAUUAUAUACUUCAGUAAGAUGUUUGUUCAUAAGAAUUUUUACCUUGUCAUGUCAUUUCCCUCUGGAGCUCACAUUCUCUUUCCCUUGUAUGUAUAUAGUAAGUCAUUGCCAUUGAGUGGCUGUCAGUUUGAGGUGGAGGAUGUCCACAUUACAUGCUGGUCUUUCCUAGUAACACGAUGCUUGUCUCUGGCUUUGUCUAGUUUAUGGCAGCUG